GACGCACCCGCUUAAGAGAAAAAAACAACCUGUCCACCCAAAACCCUAACAAUCAAGUGAGGUAGAGAGGGAGAAAGAUGACGCAGAAAGGAAAUCUGUUCAAGGGGCAAAAAAAGCAGAAAACAAUCCCUCCCAAUCGCCAUGGAAAAGUUCCUCACAUUCGCAAAGGUAAGAGAGUGGUCAAACCAUCGAAGAUGACAAAAGAGAUGGACGCUGAUCGAGAGUUGACCAAGUUCAUAAAUCACUGCAAUGAGAUAAAAGCAGCCACCGUUGCUAACAAGGAUGGAGGCCAACUAAGUAUUGUGAAGCCACCUCCAGAAUCUUCUGGUAAUGUGAAGGAAUAGUAAUGAUGCUUUGUCAAAUAGGGCUCCAAGUUCUAACCCAAGAACCUUCAGCAUGGAUUAGAGGAGAUUUUUUCCCCAAGUAAUGCAACCUAAACCAGCCUUUUUGUUUGAAGAUCAAUUCUGUUGUGAAAUGUGUUUUUGAUAAAAUAUAGUGUUUAUCUUUUUGCGCUUC